GUGUCCGUCACGUGAUGUUGUCUGACCUGAAGCUGCUGCUUUCAGCCGGCGGUGCCUGGGUUUCACAGACGUCAACAGACGCUUAUCGUGUCCGCUAAAUUCACUUUGAUCCCACGUCCGUCCGUGAACUUAUCACAUUUACGACGUCGGUUGCGUCAGUUGCAGCGCAGGGCGCAGAGCAAAAUGCGUUUUCUCAGACUCAUCAUGAAUUACCGUGAGAAAAACGAGCUGCUUCUGCCCUGGAAGUCGGCUGUUUCCGCCACUUUACGAGCCAAUAAGAACGCAUCGCGUUCUGCUUAUUGAAUCCUGCUCCUCGUUGGCUUUUGUGGUAGAAAAUGUGGGGUUUUGUGUUCUUAGUAAGACGCUUUGGGGUCUGAGGAAAAGACUUCUGAAGGUUUCACUUCGGGGCCUGUGAAGUUGUGAUUGUUAAGAAAUCAUCUUCAGACUCGCUUAAACCUUGAUCAUCCCGCAAAAACGUUUCCCUCAUUAGCUUGCAGAUGAAUUCUGGAACAUAUCCAUUUGCAACUUCCUGUGCCCGAUCAGAACUGAUUUGAUUCUAGGUGAUCGGUUCUGCUGAUGUCUGAUACUGUUGCUGUGUUGAACUGGAUGUACAUCCACAUCCUGAUGGUCUUCUGGUCGUUCCUGGCUGGCAUCAUCACGUUCUAUUGCUCGCUUGGACCAGAGACUCUUCUCCCAAACGUCUUCUUCGCCAUAAAGCCGAGGAACAAACAGCAGCAGCAGCAGCAGGAGCUUUUUCCUCUGGGCCACAGCUGUGCCGUCUGUGGGAAGAUCAAGUGCAAACGUCACCGGCCGACGCUGCUGCUUGAAAACUAUCAGCCGUGGUUGGACCUGAAGGUUCAUUCAAAAGUGGACGCUUCAGUAGCAGAGGUGUUCGAGUUAGUUCUGGAGAACUUCGUGUACCCCUGGUACAGGGACAUCACGGAUGAUGAGGCGUGCGUGGACGAAGUGCGGAUGACCUUCCGCUUCUUCGCAUCAGUGCUCGUCCGCCGGGCUCAGAAGGUUGAUGUUCCUGCUGUGUUUGCAGACAAAGUGAUGAAAGCUGCAUUAAAGCAUAUUGAAAUUAUUGCUAAAGCGCGAGAAAAAGUGAAGGAUGUGGAAGGUUUACAACAGGCAGCUCUGGAUGAAUACGGCGCCGACCUGCACGUCGCCCUGCGCAGCAGGAAGGACGAGCUGCUCUACCUGAGGAAGCUGACGGAGACGCUGUUUCCCUUCGUCAUGCCGCCCAAAGCGACAGACUGCAGGUCUCUGGCUCUGUUGCUGCGGGAGGUGAUGGCCGGAUCUGUCCUCUUACCGACCAUGGAUUUCAUGGCCGACCCUGAUACGGUGAACCUCAUGGUGCUCAUAUUUGUUGAUGACACUCCACCAGAACCUGCCACAGAGCCUCCAUCUCCUUUGGUUCCAUUUCUACAGAAAUAUGCAGACGUCAGCAACAAGAAGGCGUCUGUGCUGAAGUUGGAGCUGAAGGAGAUCAGGGAACAGCAGGAUCUCCUCUUUCGCUUCAUGAACUUCCUGAAGCAGGAGGGCGCCGUGCAUGUGCUGCAGUUCUGCCUCGCUGUGGAGGAGUUUAACGAUAAGAUCCUGAGUCCGGACCUGAGCGACGCUGAGCUGCAGCGUCUACACGGCGAAGUGCUGCACAUCUACGAGACCUACUGCCUGGACGAGAGCGUCGACAAGAUCAGCUUCGACAAGUUCAUCGUGGAGGAGAUCAGGAACAUCGCCAAAGGUCCGUACGACGGCGUGGUGAAGCUGCAGACCAUGCGCUGCCUGUUCGAGGCGUACGAACACGUCCUGUCCCUGCUGGAGCGAGUCUUCACUCCGAUGUUCUGUCACAGCGACGAAUACUUCAGACACCUCCUGAGGGGAGCCGAGUCUCCAGCCAGGAACAACAGGAUCAACAGAAACAGCUUCAGUCUGGAAGAGAACAGAAACCCGUCCAAACGAGGGGAGUCGUUCGGCAUCAGCAGAAUCGGCAGCAAAAUCAAAGGCGUGUUCAAGAGCACGACCAUGGAGGGAGCCAUGCUGCCGCCGAGCGCCAUGACCGACUUUGACGAUGAUUUGGUGGAGGAGGCGACCGUCGUGAUGGAGGACGACUCCCCCGUCGAGCCGGCCAGCACGGCGGGCACCCCGAGGAACCUGUCGGCCUGGAACAUCACCAUCCCCUACAUCCACAUCUACGACGACGAGGUCAAGAGGGAGAGGUUCCCCGUCUUCUGCAUCGACGUGGAGCGCAACGACAGGAAGGAAGUUGGUCAUGAAGCUGAGAGGUGGUUGGUCUACAGAAGAUAUCUGGAGUUCUACGUUCUGGAGUCCAAGCUCACCGAGUUCCACGGCACAUUUGCAGACGCGCAGCUUCCAUCCAAAAGAAUCAUUGGACCAAAGAAUUACGAGUUCCUCACGUCAAAACGGGAAGAAUUUGAGGAGUAUUUGCAGAGACUCCUGCAGCAUCCAGAGCUCAGUAACAGUCAGCUGCUGGCGGACUUCCUGUCUCCUUACAGCAUGGAGUCUCAGUUCCUGGACAGGAUGCUGCCUGAUGUCAACCUCGGAAAGAUUUUCAAGUCUGUGCCGGGGAAGCUGAUCAAAGAGAAAGGACAGAACCUGGAGCCUUUCAUCCAGUCCUUCUUCAACUCCUGCGAGUCUCCCAAACCCAAACCCAGCAGACCCGAGCUGACCAUCCUCAGCCCGUCGGCCGAGAACAACAAGAAGCUCUUCAGCAACCUGUUCAAGAAUAACGCCGAGGGUCUGGACAGGAGACACAACCUGAACUACUUCAUGGAGAUGGUCACCGUGGACGGCAUGUAUGACUACAUGAUGUACGUCGGCCGAACUGUGUUCCACAUUCCCGACUGGCUGCACCACAUCCUGGCUGCAGGGAGGAUCCUGAUGAAGAACACGUUCGAGGCCUACAUGGACCAGUACAUGCAGUCCAAACUGGAGCAGAUCCUGCAGGAGCACCAGCUGGUGUCCCUCAUCACACAGCUCAGAGACGCUGUGUUCUGUGAGAGCAGCAACGAGCGAACCACAGCGGACAAACAAGCGAGAGCCAAGCAGACGUUUGAGGAGAUGAUGAAGUAUUUACCAGACUUUGUGGGAAAGCUCAUUGGCGAGGAGGCGAAGUACGAUGGCGUCCGGAUGCUGUUUGACGCUCUGCAGCAGCCGCUGCUCAACAAACAGAUGACGUACGUCCUGUUGGACAUCGCCGUGCAGGAGCUUUUUCCUGAACUCAGGGAGUGAAGGAGGCGACCGUCAUGUGACCCGGACGACGUCCUGAUCACUUUGUCCACGCUCCUCCUGGAUCAGAGAAGUGCAAUACUUAGCUGUCUUUACAUUCCAGUGUAUAUGAACACACCAAUAAAAACUCAUGUAUUUAUUGAGGCCGCGACA